AAAAUAGCCAAAUAAAGACUUUGUGUGUGCAUCACGUAAGGCGAUAAUCGUGAGGCUUGAAGAUUUGAGAAAAUUUGACGUCCUUGUCUCAGCCCCAUUUCACCGCGGAGGGAACCAAGAUCCAUAACUACGAACCCCCCCACCAUGCCAAUCCAGCUUAAUCCAGCUCCCGCGGACGACUCCGGCGAUAAACAAUCUGCUUCUCGAAGCAACUCCUCUUCGUCCGAUUCCCAGCCGUCCACCCAGUCCACCGCUCCUUCCGCCACGGGCAUGUCUGAACAUGGCACGGGUACGGAAGGGCAGCUGAGCAGAGAGGAAGCUGACCGCCUGUACGAGGAGCGAAUGGAGGAGGAAUACGCAAAGAGGGAGGGUGGAGCAUAGUUUUUAGUCCUCGAACACGUCUGCGAUAUUAAGCCGCGAUUCAGCUCCGUUCUGGACGUACCAUCUGCUCCGCCUUUUUCCCAUCUGUGAUCGAGUGUGACGGCCGGUAGGCGCAGAGAUGCGGGGAUAGGCUCAGCUUUGUGUAUAUUCUAGAAGGCUACUACGCUUCGUCUUUCUCCUACAUUAUACCUUGUUCCCUCCGAUGCAUGAGAUGCAGUAGACAGGAUUUUUCGCAUAAAGCAUGAGAACACGAUUGAACAUACAACAUCAGA